UUGGUUACCCGAUUUAAUGCGAAAAUAUAAUUGAUGUCGAACUUCCAGAGGAACCCGGCCGUUCUGGUAUACACACACCCGGCGAUGGAAAUCUGAACCUCCUCACUCGGAGCUCCGUCUGCAGUCUUCCAUGGCGACGAGGCGAAUUCUCUCUCUCGCUUUGCGUUAUCGAUCGCAGACCUCUCUUCCGCACGAAAGGACUUGCCAGAUUCACCCGUUUGCAAAUUCAUGGUUCUUGACUGGGCAAAGAUUUUGGAUAAGAGGUAAUCAGAGCCUGGCAAACUCAUCAAUUGCUGAGGAUUCUAAAGAUAACGAACGCAACUCUGUUCAUGAAAACAAGGACGAUGGUUCUGCUGUGAAGUACUCUGUUAUGUCCAACUUGAAAUCAUCCCCUAGGCAUGACCUUGCCAUGAUCUUCACUUGCAAAGUCUGCGAGACAAGAUCAAUCAAGACAGUUUGCCGUGAAUCAUACGAGAAGGGCGUGGUAGUGGCACGUUGCGGUGGAUGCAACAAUUUACACCUUAUUGCAGACCAUCUUGGUUGGUUCGGCGAGCCAGGCAGCGUCGAAGACUUCCUGGCUGCUCGUGGUGAGGAAGUCCGCAAAGGUUCUCUCGAUUCUCUGAGCUUGUCCCUUGAAGAUUUGGCUGGAAAGAACUCCUGAAAUUUUGGAUCUAUACCACAGCGUUGAAAUCUCAAAACGUAGAGAAAUCUUGAGUAUAUAACUCGAGCAUGGUUUCGGUUUCUCUGGUUUGAAUUUAGAACACUAAAUUCAAAAUUUUAAGUCGUUUUUUAUUU